AUGGAGCCCCAGCUCACCUCCGCGGCGACGCUGACGGGUGGCCAGGAUGACGGUGAUGAGCAGCAGGAUGAAGAGGAGCAGGGUGGCCAGAACGUAGCCCAGCUGCUGGAAGAAGUGCGCCCGGCCCUCGGGGACUAUGACGUUGAUGACGCUGCGGCCGCGCGCCAGGGUGGGAUCUGCACGGGCCGUGCGGGGGCGGUGUCAGGGAGCGCGCCCCGUGACCCAGUGGAAGAUGCGGCGCUCGUGCAGGCCGCAGUAGUGAUGGUGCAGGUGGCAGGAGUACGUGCCCUCGUCAGCUGGCUCCAGCGGGUCGAUGCGCAGUCCAGCAGGCGGUCAGCGCGGUCGUGCGGCACCCCGGGCGGCUGUCGGUCCCAGUGCACAACCUGCUGCGCCUCCUCCAGGUGCCGGUCGGUCCACACGUGCGCCCGGUUCACGCAGGUUCCCUGGCCUCGGGCCCUGUGGGGCCCUCUCGGUGGGGACUCAGCCCUCAGCUCGGCCCAAAUGCGAGGCGUGGCUGGACAAGGCAGGGGUCAGCCAACCAGCCCCGCUAAGAAUCCGGUUCUGGCUUCUGCUCCCGGGGACUCGGACAUUCCAGGCAGCCAGGCUCACUGGGAGGAGAAACCACAGGCGCUCAGGGACGCCACCAGAGAGACACGUGCUCACGCCCACCGUUCUGUCACUCGACAAAUAUUCGCUGAGCACCUACUGUGUGCCAGGGAACUGGAAGCUGUGGGAGGGAGGCAGACAGAUGGCAGGCCGGCUCACGGACAGAUAAGAUUGUUUUCAUCCCUGGGAGAAGUGUCAAGAGACGAAAACAGGGCACACUGUCCCUCCACAGGACUGACCGGGAUGGCCUCUGAGGGAGUGACACCCGCAGUCAGCUGGCUACUCUGUGAAAGGAGCCUUGCAGGGGACCAUGUGGGUGACCCCCAGCCAACAGCCAAGAAGAAAGUGGACCUCAGGCAACAACAACAAGGAACUGGACUCCGCCCACCCCCCACAUGAGCGUGGGAGAGGGCCGCGCUCAGGCCCGGAUGCAGCCCCGGCAGACACCGAUUUCACCUGGGAGGCCCUGAGCUGAGGGCCCAGAAAACUCGCAUCCACACGUCUGACCCAGGGAAGCCGUGUAAUAGUGAAUGUGUUGCAUUACGCUGCUCAAUAUGUGGCAAUUUGUGGUACAGCAAGAGAAGACAAACAUAACUAUCUCCAGAACAGAGCGAGGCCAGGGCUUAACCCAGCAAAAGGCACACAUUUCACAAGAAGGGACCGGUUCCUGAGUUUGGGGCUGGCUGCUGGCUGUAGCACGUGGUGCGGGGCAGGCCACGAGGCUGAGGCCACAUGGAGAGCCACGUCACAGACCGCAAGCUCGCCCAACUUCACUGACAAGUUUCUGCCAGUUGUAACCAGUUCUGGGAAGGGCCACUUGCAUAUGCAUUGGCCCUUCCUCUGGAGGCCCGAGGGCUUGCCACACAGUGGCCUCUCACGCCACAAGGCAGGGAACUCCGCACAUCCGGGGUCUGAAGAGCUGAGUGUGUCCCUCAGGAGAGCUGUUGACUGUGAGGGCGCUGGCGGCCUUCUGGUGAGGACCACAGGUCGAUGACCUGUCAGGUCGGGCUGAGAGGUCGUCGAGGCAUCGAGACACUGAUUUGAGAAGACAGAGAGGUCAGGCGCCUGGCUGGCUCAGUCGACAGAGCAUGUGGCUCUCCAUCUCCAGGUUGUGAGUUUGAGCCUCGAGUUGGGUGUAGAGAGGACUUAAAAUAAAAGAGGGGCGCCUGGGUG